AUGCAACAAAAUGGAAACCGCAACCGGAACCAGAAUCAGUAUUAUGGGGGGAGAAAUAUACAGUCUCAGAUGCAAGAAAUCCAGAAUGGAAUUUCGGUUUGUUAUGAACAGGCUGCACAGGCACGGGCACAAUUUUUUCAGCAACAACACGCCCAACUACUCGCUCAGCAACAACUUAUGCAGCAGCAGCAAAUGAUGUACCCCUUUGGUGCUGCUGGAGGAUUUAUGACCCAUCCAGUUUAUAUGAUGGAUCCGUCUCAGAAUCAAAUCCAUCUGAUAAACAUGCAAGGUUUUGGAAGAAAUCUCUACAACGCGAAUGCUCGACUUGGUCCACAGGGCCCAAAUACUGGCUACAUUGAGCCUUCCACUGUGGCGACGAAUAUUCACCCUUCUAUUCAGAAAUUCACUAUAUUGAAAAUCGCCAAAAAGCAGCAAAACCACCUGUACGAACAGAGCAGGAAACUUCAGCAACAACAAAGAGACAGUCUUCAGCAGCAGAAAAUUCAGCAAGGAAAUGGCCAUCAGCAUCCACAUGUGCACGUUCAGCAACAGAUGUAUCAUCAGCAGGGAAUGACACGAUCCAAUUCGCAGCAGUCCGCCGUUGAUAGUGGCCGACCAGAUACAGCAACAACUCACAACGACAAUUCUUUGCCACCUGGUUCAACGCCCCAUCCUUCUCUGCUUCCCGCGAAUAUCCCGCCGCACAGGACAAAGCCAAACCAAGCUACGGAGAAAAAGUCUCUUGUCAUCAAAACCAUGAACGCCGAAGCUGUCCAAGAAUCUAUUCAGCUUGAUGUCACCUUGGACCGGGCUAAAAAGAACGUUCUCCAAGCAUCAGUGAAAGCCGUCCCGCAGUGGGUUACAGAGCCUCCCACUGCUACCGAAGGCCAGGAAGAUGAAGACGACAAUGACUAUGAAACAGAGGAUGAGGUAGAAAUCGAGCCUGUUAUUCCACCAAAAGAUUCCUCAAAACAUGGUCUACGGAUCGCUAAGAACCAGGCGGAGGCGACAGAAAUGAUCAACAAAACGAUGGAACAGGUAACUCAAGACGACGUUACUACUGGUAUGCUUGCGUCGAACGCCAGUUCGAUCAAACGAAAGAAGUCGAGAGUGCCAGCAAUGAGCAAAUCGAUGAACAACCCCGGAUACGUUUCCAAUCCGGGUGGUCAAUUCCAAAAACGAAAGUUGCAUAGAACGAUGGAGAAUAUAGAACAAAUCAACGACAUAAAGGAGAAGCUGAACAAUCUGACUUCGACCUUCAAUGAGUGCACCAUUCAUGAAGAAAUAGAACGAGGCCAUGUGCCGAGUCAGGAGUCGGUCAAGAGUUCAUCGACUCCAUAUAAGGGGGCUCGUGCGGGAACCUACAAAGAGCUCCGAAAAGAGCUAACGAGACUCGAGGAUGUGCCAGCAGUCGCCAGAAACUCUCAUCCGAUUAUGCCGCAACGCCCCCCUAUCGAGGAGAAAAACUUCCAUCAACAAGAUUUUUACGAUCCGGAAGAAAAAACAUCUGCUCGGGAAGCGACACAAAAUUGGGUCGGAAUUUCCCAAUCAGUUACUGGCUUAGACCGAGUUCAUAUGCCCCCGCGACUUUCGGUCCACAGAAAUCACCAUCGAAUUGAUGAGUUGGCGACUGAAAAUAUCCAAAGUUCAGCUAGACAAUCUGGACGUUUUUCCACGAGAAGAUACCGAGAACGGUCAGGUUUUCAUGGAAAAACUUUCCACAAACCUACAGCGGCUAGUAACUUGGGAAAGUCUUCUGAACGCAGAGUCAAGCGGGUACCUCUUACUCGAACGGAACCUAAACCACCGAAAUAUCAAGAACCGCAUGAGAAUUCUUGCCUCUAUCGAACUAUCCAAGCAACUCCAGGAAGCGAUGUUCAAGUCACCUUCUCCGCAACGCAAAAUCUUGUUCGCGAGGAGCCCUCAUCUCAGACGCGCAAGAAGAUGGGCGUGACAAAGAAAAUUUUCAAAAGUCUCUUUGCUAAAUCGUCCAGUACUUCACAAGCGAAGAUGGGGAAGGGUACCUCUAUGUCGACACAGAAUCUUACAGGACAUCCGCGAACAGUAUCAACAUACAACGACCCUGCAAUUCUACACGCUCAACCCUCAACCAGCCGAAUGAUGCGUCCUCAAAAGAGUUGCAACAAGCUCAGCCUUGACGAUGCCCCAAUCUAA